AUGAGUUCAGAUCCCUUUUCCAUUACUCUCAAGACCUCCGUCACUACACGGGCACCUCUCAGUGAACGUAUUCCCUCUCCUAAGAAGAGAGAUAAUAUUGUGCCCGCCACUUCUGCCUUACAUCGUGGAAUCCACACAACUUAUGAUGCCGCGUACAGUUCUAUUCCCGCCCGUUCAGAUCCAUCCGAAGGAAAUCAUUAUUUAACUCUUUUACGAUCCAACAAUCAUAAUCAUAAUAAUAAUAAUAAUAAUAAUAAUAAUAAUAAUAAUAUGAAUAUGAGUGGAUCUACUGUAAAAGGAGAAGGAGAAACAACAACAGAAGGAGAAAAGGUACCAUUAACGCAAUCCACAUUUAAACAUCGACGUACAUUAUAUCCAGAACCAGUUUCUAUUCGACAUGAACCUCGCGAUUGGGAAACUAUUCAACAAAUCCGUACACGUGCUAUUCAACCAAUUGCGAGUAGAGAUUUCUACAGUACAGCGCGUAAAAUUGAACGCAUGGAUGAUGAUCUUCGCGGUGGAUUGGUUGGAAAUGCACAACGAACAGUAGAUAUUAUGCGAAAAAGAGCUCAACGCCCAUCCUUAUGUCCACCAAAAGAUGUAUAUCAUUUAACACAUCCCACUACUUUACCAUGUGAAACAGAUAUAUAUGGUCAACCUGCACGAUCUUGUUUGGAUAUUGUGGAUUGUACACAAUUAUUACCAGGCACAGAAGAGGAAUAUGCAUUUGAUGUUUCUCCAUUAGCACGACUUUCUUCUGCAAAUACAACGCCAGCUAUGGCAGCCGUCAUGGAAACAAGAGAAAAAGUAACCGUACCGGAAAUUGCGGCAAGUAUGUAUAAAGAAGCCACACGAGCACGAACCACAGCUCCUCCAAUGGAUAUGCAUACACAUCUUAAUCGUACAAAAACAACAACAACAACAACAAUGACUACUACUAAUAUUAAUACUAAUAAGAAUAAUAAUACUAUGAAAACUACUACUACGACUACGACUACGACUACAAAGACUAUGAAUAGUGAUAAUAAUAAUAAUACUACUACUACUACUAUGGAAGUAGAUAUCCCACAAGCAUUAUCUAUACAAGAACGUAUUAUUACACGAAUGGCCACUACACGUCCACUCUUUGCAGGAACAUCUAAAGUACAUGAAAACGCAUUACCGCAUUAUACCGGUCAUGUUCCUUCACAUCCUCAUAAUAUUGCGAUGCAACAUGGAAAUGAUCAUGAUCCAAUAAGAGAAUGGAGUAAAUCAUAUAUGACUCUUGCAGUUCAUGGUGGAGGUGUGGAUUCCACUACACUUGGAAAGAAUCCAUUGGUGCGUAGACGUGGAGGAACUCGUGCAAAACCCGCAAAGGCACUUCCACCGAAAAGUAAUGCCGCUAUUGAUACUACAGUAGAGGGAUCUAUGCUGCACGCUACCUUUACAAGUACAACACCCGCAGAAAAGGCGAUGAACCAACGAGUACGUGAACCACCUUCUCUCUUUUAG